AUGUAUCAAAACUCUAGUAAAGGAAUUGAAAAGGUAAAAGAACCAACCAAUGAUGGAAAGGAAGACAAAAGCGGAGAAGCAGAAGAUAAAGAAAUAUCUUAUGUGCCUCUACCACCAUACAAACCACCUAUACCUUAUCCUCAAAGACUUGCUAAGUCUAAAAAUGAAGGACAAUUUAAGAAAUUCGUAGAACUUCUGAAGCAGCUUAAUAUCACUAUACCAUUCACAGAAGCCAUUACACAAAUGCCUUCAUAUGCUAAAUUCCUUAAAGAAAUAUUAUCUAAUAAGAAAAAGAUUGAGGAUAAUGAAAUCUUUACGCUUACUGCUGAGUGUAGCGCUAUUAUUCAAAAUAACACGCCUUCUAAGAUGAAAGACCCAUGUAUGCUAGAGAAUAUUCUCGUUCGUAUAGGUCAAUUCUACAUCCCCACCGACUUUAUAAUAAUGGAUAUAAAGGAGGAUUCCCACAUCCCUAUUAUUUUAGGAAGACCCUUUUUAGCCACAGAUGGAGCCAUCAUAGAUGUCAAGAAAGGAAAGAUAACUUUCGAAGUUGGGGAAGAAAAAGUCGAAUUUAUUUUAGCUUAA